AUGGAAUCUUUUGACAUUGUCUUAGCCUUUCUAACAUGCUCCUUUUGUUGUUUUUGGUUGAUUCGCCGGUCCAUCGUCUCUUCUGGCAUGAAAAAUCUUCCACCAGGGCCACCAGGUUGGCCAAUUGUCGGCAAUCUGGUUCAGGUCAUCCUUCAGAAACGUCCAUUCAUGUACGUGGUGCGUGACUUGCGAGCUAAGUAUGGUCCGAUCUUCACCAUGCAGAUGGGCCAACGAACCCUAAUCAUCGUCACUAGCUCUGACCUUAUCCAUGAAGCCCUAGUCCAAAAGGGUUCAACGUUUGCUAGCCGGCCGCCAGACUCCCCAAUCCGACUACUGUUUAGUGUCGGAAAAUGUGCCAUCAACUCUGCUCAGUACGGUCCACUCUGGCGGACCCUUAGACGAAACUUUGUAACCGAGUUGAUAAACCCGAUCCGAAUCCGACAAUGUGGCUGGAUAAGGAAAUGGGCCUUGGAAGAACACUUGAAAAUGUUGGAAUCUGAGAAUUCACAACAUGGGUUUGUGGAGGUGAUGAGUACUUGUAGGCUUACCAUUUGUAGCAUUUUGAUAUGCCUUUGUUUUGGUGCAAGAAUUUCUAAAGGAAAAAUCAAGAACAUAGAGAGCAUACUGAAAGAUGUGAUGAUGAUCACCAUGCCGAAGCUACCGGAUUUCAUGCCGGUGCUCCUCCCACUCUUCCGUCGUCAAUUGGUGGCGGCCAAGGAGCUGCGGAGGAGACAGAUGGAGUGUUUGGUACCAUUGGUAAGAGCAAGAAGAGUAUUUUGUGAGAGCCGUGAAGAUAAUAUUAAAAACCCUAGUAUUAACCGACUCGAACUGGAUAGUUUGGAGAUGGUGAGCCCGGUUGGUGCUGCUUACAUCGAUUCACUUUUCAAUCUUGAACCAGCCGGCCGAGGACGGUUGGGUGAGGAGGAGCUCGUGACCCUUGUGUCCGAAGUGAUCAACGCCGGGACGGACACCAGCGCCACCACCGUCGAAUGGGCGUUGCUCCAUUUGGUGAUGAAUCAAGAAAUCCAAGAAAAGCUCUACCACGAAAUAAUCAGAAAAGUUGGUGUCAAUGGGGUGGUUCAAGAGAGUGACGUGGAGGACAUGGCGUAUCUGAAUGCGGUGGUGAAAGAAACUUUCCGGCGACACCCGCCUAGCCACUUUGUAUUGUCACACGCCGCCACUGAGCCGACGGAACUCGGAGGAUACGUGAUUCCUCCGGACGUGAACGUGGAGUUCUACACAGCCUGGCUGACGGAGGAUCCAGAUGUAUGGGAAGCUCCGGAAGAGUUCUGGCCGGAAAGAUUCUUGAACGGUGGAGAAGGGGCGAAUGUGGACGUAACUGGAAUGCGGGGAGUGAAGAUGCUGCCGUUCGGGGCCGGACGGAGGAUAUGUCCGGCGUGGAGUUUGGGCACGUUGCAUGUUAACAUGUUGCUGGCUAGGAUGGUUCAUGCAUUCAAGUGGAUACCGGUCCCGGGUCACCCACCCGAUCCGACUGAGACAUUUGCUUUUACUGUAGUGAUGAAGAAUCCUCUGAAAGCAACCAUUUUACCCAGGAACAAAACUUGA